AUGUCUUUCCUUCAUGGUGUUUUACAUAGCAUUAAGCCUAAAUUAGGAUUACAUAGUAAUGAAAUUCAAAGUGCAAUUACGUCUCUUAACGCCAAUAAACACUCCGGCAAAGAUGGUUUUAAUGAAGCGAUUAGCGCAGUGGUCCAGGGGGUGAAGGGGUAUAAUGAGGGUGUGAGGGAGUCCAACAAAAAGGUGAAUGAAGACUUUAAGAGUGAGGUAAGUGGAAUAUUAAGCAAUGAUGCUGUUGCAGGUGACGCCAAGCUAAUUGGACAAGCUGAAGUAUCGAUUAAGCAGAAGUUGGGAGAAUGCAAGGGUUUUGCUAGAACGUUUAAUGACACACUAAAUAUCACUAUAGAAGCAACUAAAAAUGCAAUUAAUGACUUAGAUCCUACAUUAGCACAUAGAGUCACGAACGCUAUACGAAGCGUUAAGCAUGAGAUCGACAGGCUGAGGGCCUUGUCGGACAAGGAAAAAGAAGAGUUGACAGAGACGAAGGCUAAGCUUAGUGAAGCGAUUAACGCGCUGAAAGCAGGCGCACGUGAAAAAAUCGAAGCAAAAGUUAAUGAGCUUGUAAAGGCUCUGAAAGAUGCAGUUACUGAAAUAUUUAAAAAACUCGACGACAUCAAUGAUAAGUUGGCACAGUAUGUCAUCGCGUUGAAUGAGUGGGCACAGCAGGCCGGUAAGGACAUCGACGCGGCGGAAGCAACGGCGAAUGAGAUUGUCAACAAGAAUGUCGGCAAGCAGCAACAGGAUGCGAUUGCAGCAAAAGCGGAGCAGUUGAAGGGCUUGAAGAAUAUGUUUGAUGAGUAUAUUAGAGAGGUGACGGAGAAGGCUGAAGAUGUUAAUUUGAAGGUUAAGGAGCUCUGCCAACAGUUUCCUAAGGACGCCCGCGGUGGAGUACCACAGGAACCAAACAAAAGUAUUCAUGACGUUUUCGAGCAUAUUCACGCUCAGGUUGCGCAAAUUAAGGGGAAGCCGGGGAGUUCACUUUAUCUGGGUUUUGAGGGCAUUAAAGACGCUGUUCAGGACUAUGCGGAGGGAUUUAAGAAAUUUCAGGAGAAUGUGUUGCCUAAGUGGGUGGAAGACAUAUUGGAGAGUAAUGUUACAGUUAGACACUGGAUUGGUUGGUGUGGACAGGCUAUUGGUGCCAAUUUUAAAGAUCCUUAUAGCGGUGAAGGCGAAAAUGAAAUCAUGACACAGCUUACUAAAAAAAUUGCGAGUGUAAUUAUCAGCAAACUUGAUGGCGGCGUUAUUGCGGGAAUUCAAGCUAUGGUUGGUGAAGAAGAGGAUAACGCAAAGAAAAUUGAUGCAUAUGUUGAAAAUGUCCAUACUGCCUGCGCGGCGUUCGCCGAUGAGCUUGAUAAGAAACUUGCGCCAGAGGGAAUCGACAAGCUUAUUCAACCAGUAGGCACAGCGAUGGCUACACAGUUGGGAGAUCAAUAUUCGGAUCAAACUGCCAAAGGAUAUCUCGACUGGGCCGUCCGUUAUAUGCUACACCAACUCCCCGGUGCGGCCAGAGGGGCGGCUGCCGAACUCCACUCGCUCCUCCUCGAGCGCAGGCCGGUGGCAUCCGAUAAUGGCAUCGCAAGAAAAAUAGAAGAGGCUCAUAAGAAGGCUGAGAGCCUUCACAGUCAGCUUCAGAAGGCGACUGGCGCACUCGCCAGCGACAAGUAUUCUGACAACCUGGACAAGGCGAUAAAAUCAGUCACCGACAAAUCCAAGGACCUGAACGCCAGCCAUACUACGCCCCUCGAGACUCUGUCCAAAGACAUCAAAGAACACCUUAAUUCCUUACUCACGGAAAUUUCGGGCGUGGCAAACUCUGUGAACGUGCAACUGAUUAAGCUUCAAAAUAAGCAUCUAAAGGGAACGGAAAGUAAUCAACUUGCCGGAAUUACGAAAAGAUAA